AUGCUUUUUUUGCUUGAUGCUUCAUCUCUUCUGCAGGUUCUGUUCUUUGGAUUUGGGUGGCUAUUCUUCAUGCGCAAGCUCUUCAAGGAUUAUGAGGUGCGACAGUAUGUGGUCCAGGUGAUCUUCUCUGUGACUUUUGCCUUCUCUUGUACCAUGUUUGAACUCAUCAUCUUUGAGAUUUUAGGAGUGCUGAACAGCAGCUCUCGAUACUUUCACUGGAAGCUGAACCUGUGUGUCAUUUUGCUCAUCCUAGUCUUCAUGGUGCCCUUCUACAUUGGUUACUUUGUUGUGAGCAAUAUCAGAUUGUUGCACAGACAGAAACUGCUUUUUGCGUGUGUUCUGUGGUUGACAUUCAUGUAUUUCUUUUGGAAGUUGGGGGAUCCGUUUCCUAUCCUCAGUCCAAAACAUGGAAUCCUGUCUAUAGAACAGCUCAUCAGCCGUGUGGGUGUGAUUGGGGUGACACUUAUGGCUUUGCUGUCAGGAUUUGGAGCUGUCAACUGUCCAUACACUUACAUGUCCUACUUUCUCAGGAAUGUGACAGAUGCAGAUAUUCUGGCUUUGGAGCGACGACUCCUUCAGACUAUGGACAUGAUUGUUAGCAAGAAAAAAAGGAUAGCAGUGGCUCACAGGACAAUGUUCCAGAGAGGAGAAGUGCAUAACAAACCCACUGGCUUCUGGGGAAUGAUAAAAAGUGUUACAACAUCUGUUUCAGGCAGUGAAAAUCUGUCCCUUAUCCAGCAAGAAGUGGAUGCCCUAGAAGAGCUUAGUCGGCAGCUUUUCCUGGAAACUGCUGACUUGCAUGCAACAAAGGAGAGAAUAGAGUACUCCAAAACUUUCCAGGGAAAAUACUUCAAUUUUUUGGGUUAUUUUUUCUCCAUCUAUUGUGUCUGGAAAAUCUUCAUGGCAACCAUCAAUAUUGUAUUUGACCGUGUGGGGAAGACUGAUCCAGUCACAAGAGGAAUUGAGAUCACUGUAAAUUAUCUGGGAAUCCAGUUUGAUGUGAAAUUCUGGUCUCAGCACAUUUCCUUUAUUCUUGUUGGAAUAAUCAUUGUUACCUCUAUCAGAGGAUUAUUAAUCACACUUACAAAGUUCUUCUAUGCCAUUUCCAGCAGCAAGUCCUCCAAUGUUAUUGUUCUGCUUCUAGCACAGAUAAUGGGUAUGUACUUCGUGUCAUCAGUGCUCCUGAUACGGAUGAGUAUGCCUCUGGAGUAUCGCACUAUUAUUACAGAAGUCCUGGGAGAGCUCCAGUUCAACUUUUAUCAUCGUUGGUUUGAUGUGAUAUUCCUAGUUAGUGCACUGUCCAGUAUCCUCUUUCUCUAUUUAGCCCACAAACAAGCUCCAGAAAAGCACAUGGCCCUCUAAGUAGGACUGCAGUCAUGCACUGCUCUCCGUCCUUUCAACUGCACUGCUGCAACUCCUGUGGACUGCAAAACUUGAAGGGGGCCAGCACUAUGCUGUGUGUGUUCCAGCAGUGUAACUGGCUCCUUGAACUUCCACAUGUCAUCAUCAAGUUCUGUGGCUCAUUUUAUGAAGGUGCCACAGCUUGAAGGGAAGGGAAUGCACAUAUUGAAUGUGAGAUUGUUCAUUGCCAAGGAGUAAGGGCACUCCUGGGUACACCAGUAACUAGGGACAUCAGAACUUGCAUGGCAGGUUGGCUAAGGUAAGAUUUUUUACAGUUAGAAGAACAUUUUCAUAGAAGGCACCAAGGAAAUGUGAUUUUACUUCUGAAAAUCAACUCAUAAUUGGGGUUCAGAGGAUGGCAAUUCUGGAGUUGAAUGUUUGGGUCUGUGGAAUUAAAUAAGCUUUUGU